AUGUACGGGCUGCUGUGUGAGAGUCUUCAUGACUUCAUCAAGGAGUCAUACGGAGAUGAUGUAUGGAAGCUGGUCAGAGAGAGAGCAGAUGUCAGAUUGCACUCCUUUGUCACCCACCAGGUGUAUAGCGAGAGUGUGAUUCCCCGUAUUGCAAAAGCAGCCAGUGGAGUGACAGGCACGCCUUACAAUGAGCUGAUGAACUCCUGGGGUGUCUACUUCCUGGGCUUUGUAGGGAAGUAUGGCUAUGACAGGAUCCUCAAGGUUUUGGGCCGUCAUGUACGUGACUUUGUCAACGGCCUUGACAACCUCCAUGAAUACCUGCGCUUCAGCUACCCCAAGGUGCAGCCCCCAACCUUCUUCUGCCAGGAGGAGUCUGCCACUGGAGUCACCCUUCACUACAGGAGUAAGCGUAAAGGCUACCUGCACUACGCCAUGGGUCAGCUGAGGCAGAUGGGGAAACAGUUCUAUGACACUGACAUCCAUGUGGAGGUGCUGUCUGAGCAGAUGGUUGGAGACUAUUCCCAUGUCACCAUGAGACUGAACUUUGACAACUCUGCUUACCGCUACAUCAUGAAGGAGGAUGAGGAAGAGCAGGAGAUUUUGCCCAUUACUUCAGACUUCUUCUUUGAGGUCUUCCCCUUUAAUAUCGUCUUCAGACAGGACAUGGUGGUGCAUAAUGUCGGCUCAGGUCUGGCUACAGUCUUCCCUGAUCUGGAUGGGAAGAAGAUCAAUGAUGCCUUCUUGCUGGCUCGCCCCUUAGUGGAGUUCACCUGGAACAUGAUCAUCUCCCACCCGAACAAUCUGUUUGAGAUCAUGUCCAAGGAGCCUGUGAAGAGAGAGAGGAACCUUCACAACCGAGUCCAGAGUAAGAGUGGGAGCCAUGUAAACACUCGCAGGGGUGUGUGUCUGGUGGGCAAGGGCUCGCAGGCCUGUGAUUCCGACUAUGAAAAUGCCAGUCGCUCUGCUGACGUAGAUGUGGAGCUCAUGGCUUUCCAGUCCAUCAUUGGAGAUGAUUACAAAGACGGUAACAGCGCUAAUGCGAUGGAAAGCUGGGGCGAUGGGAGCCGCUGCCUGAAACUAAAAGGACAAAUGAGAUACAUGCCAGAGUGGGAGUCCAUCAUCUUCCUUGGAACUCCUGUGAUGGAGAGUCUGAGUGCUAUGUUUAAGACUGGCUUGUACAUCAAUGACCUGAGCAUGCACGACUCCAGCAGAGAUCUGGUUUUGGCGGGGACCCAGCAGUCAGAGGAGCUCAAGAGAGCUCUCAUACAGGAGCAAAAGAAGUCCAGUAAGCUGGAGGAGAGCAUGAAGAUGUUGGACUAUGAGAUGAAGAAGACUGAUGACCUUCUGUACAGGAUGAUUCCCAAGCCAGUGGCUAAAAGGCUGCGCAAAGGAGAGCCUGCUGUAAACACAUGUGAGGUGUUCCCAGAUGUGACCAUUCUCUUCAGUGAUGUAGUGGGGUUUACUCGCAUUUGCAGCCACAUCACUCCAAUGCAGGUGGUCUCCAUGCUCAACACCAUGUACACGCUGUUUGACACUCUCAGCGAGAAGCAUCGCGUCUUCAAGGUUGAGACAAUUGGAGAUGCCUACAUGGUGGUUGCUGGGGCUCCAGAGAAGACUAAGUACCACGCUCAUAAUAUUUGUGACAUGGCCCUAGACAUGGUGCGCUCCAUUGAUCACUUAAAAGACCCCUCCAACGGCAACAACAUACAGAUUCGUGUUGGGAUCCACUCUGGCAUGGUUGUGGCAGGCGUGGUGGGACAUAAGAUGCCACGUUACGGUCUGCAUGGUGACACAGUCCACACUGCAUCUGCCAUGGAGAGCAAUGGCAAGGAGAUGCACAUACAGCUCAGCAGUGCCACCUAUGAGCACCUGAAAGGAAGUCACUUCAUUUUCGAAAGGAGGGGCAUCAUUACCAUCAAGGGGAAUGUUGAAAUUGAGACUUACUGGCUGAAAGGAAAGAGGGACAAGGACGGGAAUGCUCAGGCAGCGUGUCCUCAGUUUGAGACUCAGACCAUCAGCAAGGCCAUCAGCAAGGCCACCAUCUCAGGCCCAGAGGCCACAGGGGAUGAGGAGGGACUGGUUUUUCCUCUGGUGGCAGGGGAGGACGAGGAUGAUGUCAAAUCUAUUCGCUCUCAUCGUAUCAAGAUGGAGAUUUCAGGCCAUUCUCUGGAGGAGUCGAUGGAGGAGUGCCGGGUAGAGGAGAUGUCUGUUCAUAAAUCCCACUAUAAGGAUGCUUUGCAGGACGGCCUCCAAGACUCUCACCUGGAACUGGAUUCACCAGAGUCUGACGGCAGAGACUCCAUCAUGGAGUCCCGUGACAGCUCCUGUGACUCCCACUGCUCCAAGAGUGCCAUGUGCUCCGUGUCAUGAAUAACGGCGCCCAAGCAGACGCUAGCCGACGAUAUAGCCAGUAAUAUAUUUGACUGUUUCUAAGCGCUUAAUGUAUAACUGACUCAAAGCACUGAAUGUUAGGCCCAAUGCCAGAUAGGAAUGCAGUUUUUGCUGUUAUUUUGCCUUUUUUGGAGGCACUCUUGUGGUGAUACCAUGGCAAUCUCUGAUGACAUGUUGUUUGUACAUGGACUAGACUGUAAUGCAUGAAAUCACUAGUGGCCUUGUGUGGUGGUACGUUGCACAGCAAAAUCAUCAGUGCUUAUUUAGCUCUGACAAUACAGAAAUCAGUCACAGCCAUCAGUGUUAAUUUUACACUUUGAUCAUUUUGAACAGCUGCCUUAGAGCUCCAUCAGCCCCAUGAGAGAA